AUGCCUCCAAAAAGACGGCACACCGCCGACGCGACCGAUUGGACUGUGACUAAAAGAGUGCGAUCCGAAAGCAAUGGCCAACUUGCGGGCUGUUCAUCGUUUAAAUAUUCACCAUUGAAGACUCGAAGUGCAUUUCGACUCUUGAAGGUGGAUCGUAGGAGAUCACCGGCACUGCCUCUUACCUUCGAACUCUUCACGACUUCAAUUGACGCCGCUCAAGGCUGCUACCACGCGCUGUCGUACGCCUGGGGAGACGCUGGGGACGAAAGAAGUAUCACGGUCAAUGAGCGAACGGUCUGGGUUCGGAGGAACCUCUUUGAGUUCCUGGAGCAGCUUCAUAGAAUGCAAUGGACGGGGUAUCUCUGGGUGGACGCCAUUUGCAUCAAUCAGUCAAGCAUCCCCGAACGCAAUCACCAAGUCCACUUGAUGCACAGAAUUUACGGCGGUGCAGCUGAGGUCUUCAUCUGGCUCGGCACCAGUUCCGUCCAAAGCGACCGGCUUUUUGACAUGGCUCAGGACGGACGAGACGCAAAAGACGCAGUUGGCGGAAUUGACAAAGGAGACACCGACGCCGUGAGCGACAUUGAAGCUGUGCUUGAUAUUGUGCGCAGGCCAUAUUUUCGCCGCGUUUGGAUCGUUCAAGAAAUCGCUCGAGCAAAGAAGGUUUCCCUAAUGUGUGGUGACAAAAUCAUGGAAUGGGAGCAAAUGAAGUCACUGACUCUCGAGAAUGGGGAAGACCUUGAGUUCUUCGUGGAUGACGAUCUCAAGGACACUCUCGUCUGGAGUCGAAAAGUAACAGACUUGGAAUGCGACUAUCCAGAUCUGGAGACUUGGAGGUUCAUUUGCCAGUUAUAUUGGGACUUGCAAGCUUGCACGCCAACGUUUGAACACCUUUCCACCGUCAUUCAUCUUUUCGGAUACAUGGACUGCCAAGACAAGCGCGAUCGUGUCUACGCGCUUCUGGGUUUGCUGGAAAGCCCAACUGGCUCGGAGCAAGUCAGAAGUCUAGAUGUGGAUUAUAAUGUGUCCUUGGCCGAAUUACACACCAAGACCGUUGAUUUUUGCCAUCGAAACGAUGAAGUACCCGAUCUCCGGAUUGCGUUAGAUCUUGCCAUCUUCCUGGAGCUUCAUCGAUAUUGUUUGGAAACAGAAAGAACCUUUUCGACAGUCGUAUAUCAGACCUCAAUGGGAACAGUUGGGCAAGUUAUACAAGGGGUUCACGAGGAUGUGAUCAACAGCGAGCCGGAAUCACCAGGCACCUUGGCCAGCGAUGAGUUAGACGAAUGGGUGUACAACCCACGACUUGUUUCUUGCAUUACGCUAGAAGGAGAGACAGUUGUGCUGGACUCACAGCAUAUCCGGACCGGGGACCAGCUGUACUUGUUGAGAACCAAUUUGUCGUGUACGAGCUUCGGUUUUCGACCGGCUGACUGCGAUGGCCUGGCCAUAGCUGUCAGCCGUGACAAAUCAGGGCCACCCUUGAUCACUGUGGGAAUCUGCCCUUACAUAUAUACUCACGGGGAGUCCAUCGUAAGUGGCUGGGAAAGCUCCACGAACGAAAAGCUUCUGCUCUUGAAGUGGAGGCGUAUCGUUGAAGACCACCUUGGUGAGGCUGAUUUUGAGAUAUCGUCAGAUGGCCAGGAACUUGCCAUAACCAUGAAGCUGGAUACUUGCAUUCGAUUGGCACAAGCACUUUGGGAGAUAACAAAAGAAGUACAUAAUACAGGCAGGAACAACGGCACUAUCGGGGAUGCCGAGGAAAACCUGCGCCGCCAGGAGUCCCGGAUAGUUCGUGAACGGAGCGACAUGACGACGGUGCCCCAGAAGCCCUUGAGGACGGGGAAGAAGUACUUUGCAGGAAACUCCUUCAUCAAGAUGUUCGAGGGUAGGACGGCUGCGGUGACGGCAAAGUAG